CUUCAAUUUCACACCACUCCAGAUGAUCAAACGAGACUACAGAACUCAUAACCAAGAACAAUUUUAAGCUUGCACUAGCCGACUGUACAUGGGUGCCUAGAAUGCUGGCACUAGCGGAUUGGGAACGAGUUGCGAAAUACGUCAUACGCUUAUUGGCUCAACUCACUACCUAUCCCGUUUCAGCGAUGCACAGCCUUUCCAACACCGCCCAACUAGUAUUACGCGGCCAGAUCCUCCAAAUCUAUGUUAUAAUAUUCUUCUGGUCUGCCUGUCUCCUCGCACCACUCACAAUUGCAUAUCAUCGUUUGACCUAUGGCUCCCACGCAAGACAAGAAAGAUUUCCCAGCACAAAGUUGGCCCGCCGAACUGCCCAUCGAACUUCCCGUCGAAUUGCCUGCCGAAUUGCCUGCUGAAUGGCCAUCAGGUCAAGAUUCAGCAGUCAACUAUGACGGGCGCGUUGACAUCGAUCUCAAUUCCAAGCUAGCUCGGACACUGUCAGUCUUCUAUGCAGGCUCACAGGACCCUGUUAUCGAAGAACAGCCACCAGAUUAUUCAGAUCUGGUCGCAUCGGGGGCCCUAGGUUCUGUCACAGUCAAGUUGAACAUCGUCAUACAAGUUGUAGGCAGCCGUGGAGAUGUACAGCCUUUCAUUGCGCUUGGCCACGAGCUUCGAAAGCAUGGGCAUCGCAUACGUAUAGCCACUCACAAUAUGUUCGAAGACUUUGUCCGAAAGUCCGGUUCAGGUCUGGAGUUUUACCCGAUUGGUGGUGAUCCGUCAGAGUUGAUGGCGUAUAUGGUCAAGAAUCCCGGACUCAUCCCUAGUAUGAAGACCAUACAGGCUGGAGAGAUCAAACGAAAAAGAUUAAUGGUGGAAGAAAUGCUUGAGGGGUGUUGGAGGUCGUGUAUCGAGCCAGACACAGUCACCAACGAGCCUUUCGUGGCUGACGCCAUCAUCGCAAACCCACCAAGUUUUGCGCAUAUUCAUUGUGCUCAAGCCUUAGGUAUUCCAGUCCACAUGAUGUUCACGAUGCCAUGGACGAACACAAGAGCGUUUCCACAUCCAUUGGCGAACUUGAAAAAUGCCGAAGGCAAGGAAGGAACCGCAAACUUUCUCUCGUAUUCGGUUGUUGAUUGGCUCACAUGGCAAGGACUUGGCGACGUUGUGAACAAAUGGCGUGCAACAAUUGAUCUCGAGGAGGUUGCCAUGUUUGACGGUCCAAGCCUCGCAACUACACUCAAAGUACCCUUCACAUAUUGUUGGUCUCCAGCACUAGUCCCAAAGCCAAGAGACUGGCCAUCAUACAUUGACGUGUGUGGCUUCUUCUUCAGAGAUCCUCCCGCAUACGAACCGCCACCUGAAAUUCAACGAUUCAUCGAAAGUGGACCGCCACCAGUAUAUAUUGGGUUUGGCAGCAUUGUGCUUGAAGACCCUCGGAGAAUCACAACGGCAAUCAUGGAGGCUGUAAAGAAAAAUGGGUUUCGUGCUAUAGUCUCCAAAGGUUGGUCGAACUUGGGAGCAGAUGGAGAAUCACAUGAAAAUGUGCUUUUCAUCGGCGAUUGCCCACACGAAUGGUUGUUCCAGCACGUAGCCGCUGUCGUCCAUCAUGGAGGCGCUGGAACUACCGCAUGCGGUCUAAGAAAUGGUAGACCCACAGCGAUUGUACCGUUUUUCGGAGAUCAACCGUUCUGGGGCGAAAUGUGUGCUACGGCAGGAGCAGGUCCCAUGCCUAUACCACAAAAGGAGCUCACGACCGAGACACUAUCGCAGGCAAUCACCUUUUGUUUGUCCAAAGAAGCUGCUGCCGCUGCAGCAGUCAUCGCUGGAAAAAUGCAAGCUGAGGUUGGUGUCGAAGCUGCGGCUCGGUCUUUCCACCAGAACCUGCCGAUUAAGCGGAUGGCGUGCGAACUGAUUCCUCACUUGCCAGCGACUUUCCGCUACAAGAAACGGAAAACCGAUAUCAAGCUUUCAUCCCUUGCAGCCGGACUUAUCCUCCAAAACGCCCCAGGAGAGCUUAAAUACCUUGAAUUGUAUCAAAGCAACGUCAUCACCAUAGAACCACGCCGAUGGGAUCCGAUCUCAGGUGGUGCAUCUUCGGUUCUGGGCACAGCAGUCGAUCUUGGAACAGCAUUCACUGGCACUUUUACAAAGCCCUAUACCGAGUACCGAGACGACCGUGAUAGACGCCAAUACGAGGAGUCGACGCUGGCAGCAUCCAGAAAGCAGAAUGGGCCUGGAGACGAGGACAAAACGGCCUCAGAUGCUUCCAGCCAAAUUUCAGCAACAAAGCGCAAACCAAUAUCCGCAGGGCAACUAGCGGGUGCUUCGGGUAAAAGCAUCGCGAUGUUCGCGCCAAAAGCCCUCAAGGGCAUGAUGGUCGACAUCCCUCUUGCUAUUACCGAUGGUCUGAAGAACGUGCCUCGCGCCUAUGGUGAAACAGUUCGAGAUCACGGUCCCGUGACGGGAUUCAGAAGUGGUGCAACAGUUGCUGGCAAGACAUUCGCGUGGGGCUUCAUCGAUGGUCUCAGCGACGUGGUCAUGAAACCGUACGAAGGUGCUCAGAAAGAAGGCGCAAAAGGCGCCGCAAAAGGGCUGGGAAAGGGCUUAGUCAAUAUGCCAGCCAAAGUAGGGGCUGGCAUGUUUGGUUUGAUGAGCUAUACGAGCGCCGGAAUUGCGAAGAGCCUAAGGACUGCAGUGUAUUCUGGAACGAGGAAGUCCAUCGCCGAAGCCAGGCAUGCAGAAGCCCAGUGGCUUUGCGAGCAAGGGACAUAUGGUCCGCAAGAAUCAGCAUCUAUUGCUUCGAGGUUUGAGGCGCUCAAGAACAAGUCGGCAUGAACUGAAUAUGAUGAAUUCAGGGUUGAAGCCAUUACUAGUCAUUGUCGACGUCUACGUUAGCACGAGAGAGCUCAUGAAGUGGCAUUGGUGGGAACAGACGUUAGUAUUCAAGUAACACUGGGGCUAAGAAUGCUGUGUUGCUAGUAUACUCCUCCGCAAAAGCCCAAUACAGCAUUGUGUCGCGGAAAGAGCGAUCAUCACAAUCUUAGGAAGGCACCGAUUUUCCAAAGUGAUAUGGAAGCCAUACAACGAGCGGCACAAUUUAGAAUUAGAAAUAUAUACAUCGAACGACAA